CGUCCCAUUCGAAUAUUACCGCGGCGUUAGAUCGCCUCGUGGCAGUGCGUAGUCAAAUCGGCGACGAGGACUCGGGUUAAUUCGCGGAUAUCCACGCGUUUCACGUUCACAAAUCCCCCAUUCGGACGCGACAAAGCGAGAGCCGCGCAGCUGCGAGACUCGGUUUGAGACCGGUCAAGUACACGCACGCACCUCGGUGUCUUAAGUAGAGUAAAAAAAAAAAGAAAAGAAAACAGUCAAAUUUCGCGCCGCCACCAUGGUAUGUUCUAUCGAUGAUAUUGCUGACGAGCUACCGCCGGAACAAAUUGCCGUUCUGCGCAAAGCUUUCGAUAGCUUCGACAGUGGAAAAACCGGCAGCAUACCCACUGAAAUGGUGGCCGAUAUCCUUCGGCUAAUGGGACAGCCGUUCAACAAGAAAAUCUUGGACGAGCUCAUCGACGAGGUUGACGCCGACAAAUCUGGGCGGCUCGAAUUUGACGAAUUCGUCACGUUGGCAGCGAAAUUUAUUGUUGAGGAGGACGCGGAAGCGCUGGAAAAAGAGCUACGAGAAGCCUUCAGGCUUUACGACAAGGAAGGUAACGGCUACAUCCCAACGACAUGCCUACGCGAAAUCCUAAGGGAAUUGGACGAUCAACUGACGAAAGAAGAAUUGGACAUGAUGAUCGAGGAAAUCGACUCUGAUGGCUCCGGUACAGUUGAUUUUGACGAGUUUAUGGAGAUGAUGACCGGCGAAUAAUUAUCUUGAAUAAAUGGCGAACUCCUUUUGGAUGUAAAGACAUGCAACCAUGCGAUCACUAUACGUCUUGAAACUUGAAUCAUUCGCGUGUUUAUGAAGAAUCAACGCGCAUCGAAUUUACUCGCACAGAGAUAUUUUCCAUUACACGAUUAGUUUCGGAAAGCAAAUUCCCACCAUAGACGUCGCAUCGAAUGAAUUAUUUCCUGCUUUUAUACAUACGUCAUAUUUAUUAUAAAACAAUAAAUUCUACUUUCAUACACUUGCAUAAGGCUUGGAAUUUUUCAUUGAAAAAUCAGAAUAUUUAUUGUUAAUAAAACAAGAUAAAAGUCUUA